CGUUCCGCUCCGGGCCACAGCGGGCGCGCGCUUCUGGCCAGCCAUGGCGUACUCGACGUUCCGCAAGGUGGCCCUGGCCUCUUGCUUGGUGCUGUGCGUGUCUCUGCUGCUGCCCAAGGUCUUCCUUUCGCGGGGCUGGAGGCAGCCGGAGUCCAGCGCUGCUCCCGCCGCACCGCCUACUCUGGUCGCCACGCCCGAGGGAAAGACCAGUCAGUUUCCUCCAACAAUGCAUCCCCAGAUGUCUCCAGAAACCAGACCACCCACCACCCAUUUCCCAAGGUCUCAUCUUGCGGAAGCAGUUGCAAAGGCCAAGGGUGGAGGCGGAGGAGGUGGCGGUGGAGGUGGAGGAGGUGGCGGCGGCAGUGGAAGAGGUCUUGUGGGACAAGUCAUCCCAAUAUAUGGAUUUGGGAUCCUUUUAUACAUAUUGUACAUUCUUUUUAAGCUUUCUUCAAAGGGGAAAACCACAACAGUUGAGCGGAAAUGUCCUCCGUCGUCAUCCGGAAACACAAACAGGAAAAUCACUGACUAUGAGCUUGCCCAACUUCAAGAUAAGCUGAGAGAGACUGAGGAAGCCAUGGAAAAAUUAAUCAAUAGAGUGGGACCCAACUGUGAAAGUCGGCCCCAAAACGUCACGACUGAUCAAGAGAAAAGGCUACUUCAGCAGCUCCGAGAAAUUACGAAGGUCAUGAAAGAAGGCAAACUCAUAGAUGGAAUCUCCCCAGAGAAAGAAGCUGAAGAGGCUCCGUAUAUGCAGGACUGGGAAGGUUAUCCAGAGGAGACCUAUCCUGUCUAUGAUAACUCUGAUUGCGUCAAGCGCAGACAGGACACAAUCCUUGUGGAUUACCCUGACAACAGCCAGCCUUCGGCUGAAGAGAUAGCAGAGAGAAUGGCGUUUGUGGACGAUGAGGAGUGUUUAUGUAGUGAAACCGUUUUGUCUGCUCUCGCUAUAGUGAACAGUGACCCUGCAGCAGCCGCCGAGACGGAGGACCAGCACGCCACGCUCAGCGACCAGAGUGGCGCUGGCCAUGACCCUGAGAAGUGCUACUGCUGCCACUUUGAAGAGGACGACCCUGCUGUGAUAGCGGAGAACGAGGGCUUCUACCCCGAGAGCUGCGGUGAAAUGGAAGAUGCCACAACCCAGGAGGAGCUGCUGCUAGAUUCCGACCUCGAAAAUGCAGCGUCCCAAGAGCAAAAUGAGGGCAAUCCAGACGAUGUGGGCAUUCUGAGGAAGCGAAACACAAAGGGCAUAGCGUUGCUGGGACACUGAGGAUCAAACACAGAAGGCUAUCUCCCCUCCUAGAAACUGGGAUAAACUGCUGCUUGCAAGACAAAGGCUUGUCUCCGUUGUUCAACACCCAGCUGCUGCAUAUCUUUUGCAUUUGCUGCUU